GGGGCUUCACUUAAUUUUCACUGUGUGCAAUGGAGACUUCAACCUUUGCUUGUUGCCCUUGAACAAACUACACGGAACACAAACUGUGUCCAUGCACACCCUUGCCUCGCAAGAUUUUGAGUAAGUUUGUGUGAAAGGUAAUCAGAGAAUGGGAGUACCACAGACACAGCGUAUUCCAAUGAAUUUGUCGUAUACGCUUUGUGCACAGAUCAUUAUCGGUGCACCAUACAGCCGAACCACUAAACUGUGUUCUGAAUAUAGAGCGUAAGAAACCCGAAUGGAAGAUAUGGCUACUUCCUCCAGGGAUACAAAAAAAUCAGUAUUACGGAAACAAAGGAAGGACAAUAUUAGGUUCCGCGUAGAGAAUGCUAAAUAUUUAACGGGCAGUUGGUGGAAAUGGCUUGAUGGCUGGGUAGAAUCGUACGUGAUAUUUUAGAUGUUGAACGUCUAGCUAUCUUCCUGAAAAAAAUAGAUUCAUAACUCGUGUGUACAUCAGGAAUGAUGUUUACGGUUUAAGCUUGUGAUGGAAAACAAAGAAGAGUCGCCGUUUCGGAUCAGCUCGACAGUCCAAGCGCUGAGCUCCGCUCUACGGGGAGAGCUGGACAGUGUUGCCGAACCUGGGUGCCUUUUCAGUGGGCAGACGGGCUCGAAUGAGCCAGGAAAGCUAUGGUUUAAGGAAAGUAGCGCAAAAAAUCUGCGAAAUCGGGACUUCUUGUCACCCACAACAGUACUGACCACACUAUUCAGGGACGGAAAGGUUCCUCCUUAUGUGAUGGACAGAGUUCUGUCCACCCACAGUGGUGGGGUGUUGCCCAUUGCAGGGGGUGAGGUGAUAGAGGAAGGGCUUAGGUUACGAAUUGACCGUGUCGCCAGUUUUCAGGAUGUGUUAUGUGGAACCUCUAAGUAUGUACAACCCUCCUGUAAUAAGCAGGUAGGUGUGGUGCUGAAUUGCCCAACCUUGCACCCUAGACACAAUCUGCUCAGCCCUGACACCCUGACCCUGGGGCAACUACGGACACUACUGCUGGCUGAUCACCUGGGUGCACUGCUGCAGAGGCAAGGGUACUCCGUCUCCUACUGUCCUGUCCUACAAGAGGGGAGUGAAAUCAUUGUCUUCCUAAAAUUACUUGGGAUGGAUUGGUCAACAGUACCUGUCAGCUCUGAUAAUGACCAGAGAGAAGAGGAGCUGUGGGAGGUCUUGCUAAAUUCCCCAUACAGAGAGAGUGAAGAGGAGAUGGAGAAGGAGAAGAGCAGGAAUGAAGGAAAGGGGAUGGUUAAUGAGAGGAGUAGGGAGGAAAAUUUGGCUGUGAAGAUAAACCUGAAAAGAGUAGUUGAGGAAAACAGGCUGCAAGGAUAUGACCCCAACUUGGGCACCUACACCGUGCAGAGAGACAGUGUGCUUCAGCUGGCUGAACUGCAGAGGGCUGUAUUGGGCUUCCAGGUCCCUGUGGCAGCUGUUUUCCAUGUCACUUGCUGUCAGGAUGAGUUCCGUCAGCAGCAGAUGGCCGUGCUUUGGAGAGCAGGGGGUGCCACAUUCACACAGAAACACCUGGUUUGUGGACCAGUAAAGACACCUGGGACUCAGCUGAGUGCUAUCCAGUAUCUCCAGUUAAGAAGAAUGCAGAUGAAAGAGGCAUCCGAGAUGAAGUAUGGAGAGCAAGUCGAAGGACAGACUUGGGAUGACAUCAUCAGGGUUAUGACCUCUGCCACAGUGAGGUUUGAGCUGCUGUCCACAGCUCACACCAGUCCAGUGACCCUGGAUGUGCAGAGGGAAGGGGGUGUGUCCACCAAGGGUCCAAGAGGCGGAGUCUUCGUCAUGUACAACUGUGCCCGGCUACACACACUUUUCAACAGCUACGAGCGAGCGGUGGAGCAAGGACUUUACCCAGAAAUCCCUGACGGGUCUCAGCUGGAUUUCUCUGCUUUGAAAGAAGAGGGAGAGUGGCUUCUGCUGUUUAAUUACCUCAUUCCAUUUUCUGAAUUACUGGAACAAUCGGGACAAGCUCUGGAGCAAGGGGGAGAUGGGGCAAGAGCGACACUGAAAACAGAACAGGUCUGCAGGUUCUUGGUGUCUCUCAGUAAGGAUUUCAGCUCCUACUACAACAGAGUUCAUGUCCUUGGGGAGCCGAUGCCUCACCUCUUCAAUCAAAUGUUUUGCCGCCUGAAGCUACUGAGAGCACUGCGUGAACUGUACCACUGUGCCCUGGACACCCUCCACAUACCACCAAUUCCCCAGCUAUAGCUCCUCCCUGCUAUAGGCCCUCUGCUUACCUUCAAUACCCUAGCUAAUACCCUACACACAGCAAGAAUACCCCAACUAAAACCCUACACACAGCACCAAUACCCGAGCUAAAACCCUACACACAGUACCCAUAUCCUAGCUAAAACCCUACACACAGCACCAAUACCCCAGCUAAAGCCCCUAUACACACCAGUCCUAUACUUGCCGUUACAGUACCCACCCAAUAAACUGUCUAGCUUCCGCCACAUCCCAGGCUGUAUCCCUGCUUCUUGACUCAGCUUGUGACCUCUGUCUCAUUGACCUGCCUUCAAAACCCCUCCUAUAGCAAAUAUACCUGCACCCAGUCCCGACUCCCUAAGCUAUCUCCACACCUUCCAACCCUAUUCCUCCAGUAUUGAUGGUAGGAAGAUGAACCUCUUUUAGGGACAGUUGAUAGCACAUAGAUACUGCCCCUUUAAUAGAUACUGCCCCUGUGCCAUAAGUACUUAACCUGUGCCAUAGCUACUGCCUGAGGUUUAGGCACCCAACCCUGUGUAUUUUAGUGUAUCUACAGUAUACAGUGGACUGACAGUUCUGUAAUGCGUAUCACACAGUCUUACACGUACACAAGCACGUUUUCUGCAUGCACACACAAUUAAUGUCACUGUCUCAGUGUUUUGCAUUUUAAAAAGACUAUAUUGCCAUAUUUUAAAUACAUGCAGUCCAGCAGUUUUAUCCAAUAAAUUAUUGUUUACCGCAA